CACUCACUGAGUUGGUCACCUAGUCGGUCACCUGUGCCGCAGCUGGCUCUGUUCUGGCAAGCGUGCUUCCAGUUCCUGGUGCCCAGCUGUCUGUAUGGCGUGGCCCGCCACCCAGGUGACCUGAGGGAGGUGCCAAGGUGUGUGGAGGGGGUCGUGGAGCUGACUGAUUCUUGGAUGAGAAGGGCAGUGGCUUUCAAGUGAAUUUCCGUUUGCUGCCAGAAGAGAUUGACAGUGAAGCUACCUGUGUAAAAUCUGUUUACAGAACAGCAAACUGCAUUUGCACUGCUUGAGGAAGGGAAGCCAGCUGUGUUAAUGCCUAGACUACUUGAAUAACAGAUCAUCCAGUCACUCGAUGGGGAUUCACAGCGGACCACCUGUUUGUGUCACCUUCCCACAUCUCUGUAGCAAGAAAAAUAACCUCAGCACCUCUUCAGUAAUAAUGAUGAAACUGGUAUUAACUGAAUGGCAAUUAUGGAUUUUUAACUCUAAUUCACAGUAAACCAGAAAGCCAUAUGUUUAAAAUCCAACCAAAAAUCGUUGUGUUUUGCUGCAUGCCUCAUGCGAUUGUGAGAAGUGGUGAGAUACCUAUUUGUACAAAGAGGAGUCUUAAGUAUUGCUUGCCUGAGGAGCACAACUGAGCAGAAAGAGAAGACAUCUUAAUUUAUCAUUACAGAUAUAUGAUAGUAUUAUUUAUGUAGAUAGAAUAAAUAUAUAUAUAUUUUUGGUGGUAAUGAAAAUGGCCCCGCAGAAUGCUGACUCGGAAUCUAUGCAAGUUCAAGACCUACCUGUGCCCCUGCCGGACCUGCGGAAGCCGGGAGUCGCGGAGGCCGAGCACCAUGAGGAGACCGUCAGUGAGGGUUCCAUAGACCGAAUCCCCAUGCGCCUGUGGGUGAUGCACGGGGCUGUGAUGUUUGGCAGGGAGUUCUGUUACGCCAUGGAAACGGCUUUGGUCACGCCAAUACUGUUGCAAAUUGGCCUUCCGGAGCAGUACUACAGCCUCACCUGGUUCCUGAGCCCCAUCCUCGGCCUCAUCUUCACACCUCUCAUCGGGUCUGCGAGUGACCGGUGCACCCUGAGCUGGGGCCGCCGCCGGCCGUUCAUCCUCGCACUCUGCAUUGGAGUCCUCUUUGGCAUUGCGCUUUUCCUCAACGGCUCUGCCAUAGGGCUGGCCCUCGGCGAUGUCCCCAACCGGCAGACCAUUGGCAUCGUCCUCACGGUGCUGGGGGUGGUGGUCCUGGAUUUCAGUGCUGAUGCGACCGAAGGGCCCAUCCGUGCCUACCUACUGGACGUGGUGGACAGCGAGGAGCAGGACAUGGCCCUCAACAUCCACGCUUUCUCUGCCGGCCUCGGCGGGGCCAUCGGCUACGUGCUGGGCGGGCUGGACUGGACCCAGACCUUCCUGGGCGACUGGUUCAGAACGCAGAGCCAGGUGCUCUUCUUCUUUGCCGCCGUCAUCUUCACGGUGUCCGUGGCGCUGCACCUCUUCAGCAUCGAGGAGGAGCAGUACAACCCGCAGCAGGACCGCUGCACCGAGGAGACCACCCUGCCCAGCACCCGCCUCAGUGCCCUUGACAGGGGGGCGCAGCUCGGCGGCUCCCUUUUCCCGGACGAGGUGCAGUCGGAGCACGAGCUGCCCCUGGACUAUCUCAGCGUGGACAUAGUACGCAGCAAGAGCGACUCGGUGCUGCACGUGCCCGAUGCCACCCUGGAGCUGGAGCCCGAGCUGCAGUUCCUGCACGACAUCGAGCCCUCCAUCUUCCAGGAUGCCUCCUACCCCAACACGCCCUGCAGUACCAGCCAGGAGCUCCCGCAGGCCAAGCUGUCCCGCCGGUCCACGUUCCUCAGGGAGACCAUGAAAGAGGAUGACACCCUGCUCGAUAACCACUUAAAUGAGGCGAAAGUCCCCAAUGGAAGCGGAUCUUUGCCAAAAGAUGUCCCCAGCAGCUACAGCAGGGUGGACGUGAAGCCCUCGGCUGUGUCUGCCUCCGCACGGCGGCGCCGGCACAGGUUCCACCGGCAGGCCUCCAGCACCUUCUCCUACUAUGGCAAGAUUGGGUCCCACUGCUACCGCUACCGGCGGGCCAACGCGGUGGUCCUGAUCAAGCCGUCCCGCAGCAUGAACGACCUGUAUGACCUGCAGCAGCGGCAGCGGCAGCGGUGCCGGCGCAGGAACCAGAGUGGGGCCACCAACUCCAGCGGGGACACGGAGAGCGAGGAAGGGGAGGGUGAGACCACCGUGCGCCUGCUGUGGCUGUCCAUGCUGAAGAUGCCCCCGGAGCUGAUGCGGCUGUGCCUGUGCCACCUGCUCACCUGGUUCUCCGUCAUUGCUGAGGCUGUGUUCUACACCGACUUCAUGGGCCAGGUCAUCUUCGAAGGGGACCCCAAGGCCCCCUCCAAUUCAACCGCCUGGCACUCCUACAAUGCCGGGGUGAAGAUGGGCUGCUGGGGCCUGGUCAUCUACGCUGCCACCGGUGCUAUUUGCUCAGCCCUGCUACAGAAGUACUUGGACAACUACGAACUGAGCGUCAGGGUGAUCUACGUGCUGGGGACGCUGGGCUUCUCCGUUGGCACAGCCGUGAUGGCCAUGUUCCCCAACGUCUAUGUUGCCAUGGUCACCAUCAGCACCAUGGGCGUCGUCUCCAUGAGCAUCUCCUACUGUCCCUAUGCCCUGCUAGGGCACUACCACGACCUCAGGCAGUAUGUCAACCACAGCCCCGGGAACUCCAAGCGAGGCUUCGGCAUCGACUGCGCCAUCCUGUCCUGCCAGGUCUACAUCUCCCAGAUCCUGGUGGCAUCCGCCCUCGGGGGCGUGGUGGAUGCCGUGGGGACCGUCCGUGUCAUUCCCAUGGUGGCCUCCGUGGGCUCUUUCCUGGGCUUCCUGACCGCCACAUUCCUGGUGAUCUACCCCGAGGUGUCGGAGGAGGCCAAGGAAGAGCAGAAAGGCCUGUCCUCCCAGCCUGUCGGUGACGGCAGCAGCGGGGGCCGCGAGAAGCCCACGGUCCUGAAGCUCUCGCGGAGGGCGGGCCUGCACGCGCUGGUGGAGUCGGAGUCUGUGGUCUGAGCCACACUCCUGGUGACACGUGCUCCCAGGCAGGCGCAGGGGGCGGCGGGGAGCAGCACAGACAGGCCUUUCCCAACAUGUAGGUGACAUUCAGUAGUCAUAGGGUAGGUUGAGCUCCUAGGCAAAAAUGCCACGCUAAUUACUUUUUCCACAAUUAAAAAAAAAAUCAUUUGAAAUCUUUUUAAUUGAAAAAGAUCUUUUAAUUUCAACUUUGUCUUUUA